ACAGCGUGCGUAGCUCUGAUAGCCUUUGCCACUCAAUGCCGUGGUCUUCCUGACUUUUGGAACGGCUGCAUCCAGUCCGGACUCGCGGUCCACAUGCUCGAACUCGAGUUCGAACUGGCGGUGACACAGUUCGACCUCGCGUUCGAACUCGCCCCAGAGCAGUUCGAACUCGAUUUUGACCUGGCGGCGGCCUUCAAGAAAGAUUGUGAUCUGUUACGUCUUUUUGCAAUGGUUGCGGCAAAAGCAGAAGGUGCCGACGAAGAAGGCGUGGAUGAGGGAGAACAUGUAGAAGAAAGUGAAGCAGCAAUUGACAAGUCAACGGAGGCAGUGCUUGACGCACUUGCCAGUGAUGAAAGGUUGAUGGCCAUUGGAAAGACUUGGAUCGACGCCGACAAGCCCAAGUCCGGACUCGCGGUCCACAUGCUCGAACUCGAGUUCGAACUGGCGGUGACACAGUUCAAACUCGCGUUCGAACUCGCCCCAGAGCAGUUCGAACUCGAUUUUGACCUGGCGGCGGCC